GUACCCCAUUUGAGAAAUUGAAAUUUCAAAUUUAUUUUCAAUAAUAUCGCUACUUUAGGUUAUUCUACAAGAUAUUAAUAAAUGUUCUACAUUGCAAUGAAAUUCUGAUUAUUGGCUUAACAUAUUAACAACAUGAUUAAAACAAAAAAUGAUGAAGGAUCGUCUACAGAUUCAUGCGAUGAGAAAGACAAGGCUGAUGAUAAGUCGCAAUUGGGAUGUUCUCAUGUCACCAAAUCCAUCGAAUCAAGUAAAUUGCGUAAAGUCUUAAAAGAAAAAGGAAUCUUACAAAAAUGUUCCGAAUGCGAGAAACUUCCAGUUGAUGAUAUGUGUGACGACAAUAUGUACGAAUACGACAACGCGCUCAUGCUCUGUCUUCGUUGUGGAACACAAUUGUGUGGACGAAGGAAAAAUAAACAUGCAUUGAGGCAUUACGAGACACCCCAUAGUGACUCCCACGCUCUCACAAUAAACACAGCAACGUUUCAAGUUUGGUGCUAUUUGUGUGAUAACGAAGUGGCUGAGAAUUCGAGUAAGAAGGUUUUGGAAUGUGCGCAAUUGGUCAAAAAAACUGCUCAAAAGCCUAUAAUUGAUCAAGAAACAGCUGAAAAUAAAGUUCGGUCUGUGUUAGAGUCAAUGACACCAUUGCUGUAUGAUGACAACAAUACUACAGCUGAGAACACGAAACUUCGUCAAGCUUCUCCUUCGUCCAUAAUUAAUUCUUCCUUAAAAUUCGAUUCAACUGUUGGACAUGAUUCAGUAUCCACCGAAAUGUUGCCGAGAGUUCGCGGUUUGACAAAUUUAGGCAACACAUGCUUCUUCAAUGCAAUGAUGCAGAACUUAGCGCAAACGCCUUUUUUGUUGGAAGUUCUGAAAGACACUUCAGCACCAGGUGAAGAAUUUGAACUUCCAGGUGGAAGAAUUAAGAGUGGUGAUGAUGAGCUUGAUCUUCCUAAAGUGAUUGGCGAACUUAAAGAAUGGGGGCCGUUUACACAAACACUUGCUGAAACUUUAGAAGAACUUCAAACAAAGUCAGGAGGAGUUUUCACACCAAGAGAUGUUCUCAGACAAUUCACAUCAAGAUGGCCUCAAUUUGCCGGUGGUGAUCAACAUGAUUCACAUGAAGCACUCCGCCAUUUGUUGGAAAGUGUUAGAAGUGAAGAUUUACGUCGUUUUCAAUCAGUUAUUCUUCAAAAACUUGGAUAUAACAGUAAAACUGAUCCAUCGAAAGUUGAAAAUGAUGCAAAAGCAAAAAUUAAGUUUUAUGGUAACCAAGCACAGGAAAGAAUUCUUCAACCUGAGCCAGUUUUUCGUGGAUUUCUUGUGUCGACAUUAACAUGUCAAGAUUGUAAUAAUAUUUCACCAAAUCAAGAAACAUUUCUUGAUAUUUCGCUUCCAGUUACGACUGAUAAGCCUCAUCCACCAGCAACACGAAGAAAAACUAGUCCCGAACCGCUUGAAAAGCCUCUCGGACCAACAAAAUCUCAAUUGAAGAAAGAGAAAAGAGCUGAACGAAAAGCUAAGCGAGUAACGAAAAAUCAAUCACGAAAGCAACCACAAUCGUCACCAUCAAAUGCUAUCGAUGAUGAGAAUAAAGAAACAGAAAAUGUGUCAUCGCCGGAGAGUGAAUCAGACGCUGAUGUUGAAGACAGUGUAACUGAUGAUCCAUUACCACGUAAGAUUGAAGUUGAUGCUAAUGGUAACAGCACAGAAAUGAAAUCCCCACAAAGUCCAGAAAAGAAAGACGAUAUGCCUGAGAAUAUAUUUAAAGGUGAAGACAUUGCAAGUAAUGUUGCAUAUCAGGCAACGAUCAGCAAUUCAGGAAUGGCUAAUUUAUCGAAUAAUAUGUCAAAAGUGAAAAUUGCUGAUGAUGAGUUAAUUGAUGAAGAUGAGAAACAGAAAGCAAUUAAGAAUCAGCAAAUUCUUCGUCAACAACAGAAUCGAACACGUCAAAUUUCACACGCUGAUUGGAGUAACACGCUUGGUCCUCGUUAUCAAUGUCCCGAAGGUGAAUUAUCAGUUCAGUCAUGUUUAAAUCAUUUCAUGAGCGUUGAAUAUAUGAUGGGAAAUAAUAAAGUUGGCUGCGAAGCAUGCACCGAACGAAUUAAUGGAAAGAAUGGAAAGACUGUUUACACGAAUGCUACCAAGCAAUUUCUCAUUUCAAGUCCACCUGCUGUCUUGAUUCUUCAUCUAAAGCGAUUCCAAGUUGGAAUGCGUGGAAUGUUUCGAAAGAUAACAAAGCAUGUUGAAUUUCCAACAAUUUUGGAUUUGGCGCCGUUUUGUGCAUCAAAAGUUAAGUUGUUGAGUCAUGUUCGUAGACAUCAAAAGAAGCUUCUCUAUUCGCUUUAUGGAAUCGUUGAACAUUCGGGUGGAAUGCAUGGUGGUCAUUAUAUUGCUUAUGUUAAAGUUCGACCGAAAUUAGGUGGCAAAGAUCAUCCACGUUGGGAUUAUUUGCCCAAAGGAACAAAAGCAGAACUCGAUCAAAUUGAUGAGCAGAAGAUGGAGUUGGAGAAGCAAGCAGAGAAAGUAAAGAAACGUCAAAUGUCAACUGCAAAAGAUAGCGAUGAUUCCUUAUCAAGUACAUCAACAUCGUCAUCUGAUGACGAAGAAGAUGCAGCAACUGGUGGAUCAGAUGAACCCAGCGAAGAACCACCUCAAGGAAAAUGGUAUUACGUCUCCGACAGUCAUGUACGUGAAGUUAGCGAGGAGAGAAUAAAACAAGAUUAUUUGAUGGAAGAAAUAGAAGAGAAAUGGGUGGGCACGCCUAUAACUGACAUUUAUGGCAAUUACGGUAUAUUUGAGCGGCAAAAUCAAGCUCCAGUUAUAGAAGAGAGUGAUUACCAUACUGUAUUAUUUGAGUUGCCUUUACCAGAUGAUGAACUGGAAUUUCCAAAACCUAAGGAAGGUAAAGAUGAAUGGAAUGAGAAUUUCGUUCGUUUACCAUCAAGUUCUGAAAGUCGUUAUCAAGAAAUUGACGAAAGUGGAUAUUCUUCGGAGAAGCUAAGAUGGGAUUUGAUUUGCAAGUCAUUGACGGAAAAUAAAAUUGAGAACAGUCACGAUCUCGAGAAAGCUAUAAAAGCUUAUAACACAAAGUAUGAAAAUCAAUGGGAUUUUUCGGCUUUACAUUUCACAUUCGAAGAAAUAUUUCUAGAAGAAGAAGCCGAAUUUUUCUUUUUUGAAGUAAUGCCAGAAAUCAUUGAUCUUGCACUUCGUCUACCUCAAUUAAUUAAAUCAUCAAUACCAUUACUGAAACAAAGAAAAAAUCACGCAAUUUCGAUGUCACAAGAACAAGCCGGAUGUCUUAUGGCGAACGCUUUCUUAUGCACAUUUCCAAGACGAAACAUCAAAAGAUACAUGUCGGAUUAUCCGGAAAUAAACUUUAACAAAUUAUUUAAUUGUGGAAUGAAAAAUAAUGUCGCACAGAAAAUUAAAUGUAUUUGUCAUUAUUUUAAACAAAUUUGCUAUGUCAAAAUGCCAACAGGUGUGUUGACGUUCCAAAGACGCUUCAUUGAUUCAUCUGAGCUUCCAAGCUGGGAAGAGUCAAAUGUAAAGUUCUCAACGAUUAAUGUCAAUGUUUCUAAAGAAGGGACGAUUGAAGAUGGAACUGGAAUGCUUCAAGUUGAUUUUGCUAAUCGUUUUCUUGGCGGUGGCGUUUUAUCCUGGGGAUGUGUUCAAGAAGAGAUUCGUUCUGUAAUUAAUCCAGAAAUCAUUGUCGGCAUGUUAUUCUGUGAGUCAAUGAGUUCAAAAGAUGCAAUUUUAUUAACAGGAUGUGAACAAUUUAGUAAAUGUUCUGGUUAUUCGACAACAUUUGAAUGGGCUGGAAAUAAUGUUGACACAACACAGCGUGACAAGUUCAGAAGGAGAAUGACUUACAUUGUGGCAAUUGAUGCAAUUUCAUAUCGCAAGCCUCAUCUUCAAUUUGAACCAUUCGCAAUAACAAGAGAAGCAAACAAAGCAUUUGUUGGAUUCUAUCAUGACCCCAAUGACGAAGUUUUUCCCAUACCAAUAGCAUCGGGAAAUUGGGGAUGUGGAGCAUUUGGAGGAAACAAACAAAUCAAGUCAUUAAUUCAAUUAAUGGCUUGCAGUGUUAAUCAACGUAAUUUGGUUUAUUUCACAUUUGGGGAAGAUGAAAUCAUGAGUGAGAUUAACGAAAUGUUUGAGUUUCUUAAACGAAAUGAAAUUACGAUCGGACAAAUUUGGAAGCUUUUGAGAAAAUUUAAAGAGAAAGGGAUGACAAAUCGACCUAAUUUAUUGUAUUCGUUUAUUUAUAAGCAUUACAAUUCAAACGAUGAUGAAUCAGGUCCCGGUGAAUUGAAAGAUGAGAAGACCAUUAAUGAAGAAAGUGAAAAAAGGAGUGAAAAUGCAUUCAGCGAAAUUGAAUUUUCUGAAGAGACAUCAUCUGAAGAUUCAAAUAAACAAGAAGAGGCACAAGAACUUCAUUCAGAUGGUCCAUCCAUGAAAAAAACAAAAGUUGAUGAAGAUGAUCAGAACGAAGAAACUUUUAAUCAAAGCAAUGAAACAUUAAACGCAAUCGCAAUGCCCACAAACAAUAAGAAAAUUACCGACUUUUUUAAGCCAAAAUAA